CAAGAUCAACAACGAGCACUCGGCUGAAACCCGGUGUCCCUCGAAGUGCUAAAAAAAUAGAACAGAUAAACUUGAAGAGAAGAAGAAAGUAGCAGGCUGCAGAGCAGAGGAAGUGAAAGUGAAAGAAUAAUGGCAGCAACAACAGCACCAGGAGGCUACCAUCAACCAGCAACUUUAGAAGAAGUAAGAACCCUUUGGAUUGGUGAUUUGCAGUAUUGGGCCGAUGAAUCCUACCUCACCUCCUGCUUCGCUCACACAGGCGAGGUAGUCUCGAUUAAAAUAAUACGCAACAAGUUAACUGGACAGCCUGAGGGUUAUGGGUUUGUGGAGUUUGUUUCUCACGCAGCAGCUGAAAGGAUUCUGCAGACGUAUAAUGGGACGCAAAUGCCAGGAACGGAACAAACCUUUAGGUUGAACUGGGCUUCUUUCGGGAUUGGGGAAAGGCGGCCCGAUGCAGGUCCGGAGCAUUCGAUUUUUGUUGGGGAUUUAGCACCUGAUGUUACGGAUUAUCUAUUACAGGAGACGUUUCGGGUUCAUUAUCCGUCGGUUAGAGGUGCGAAGGUUGUGACUGAUCCGAAUACUGGACGGUCCAAGGGAUAUGGGUUUGUUAAAUUUGCGGAUGAGAAUGAGAGAAAUCGUGCCAUGACGGAGAUGAAUGGUGUUUUUUGCUCAACUAGGCCAAUGCGAAUUAGCAUGGCAACACCCAAGAAGACCACUAGUUAUCAACAACAAUAUGCUUUGCCAAAAGCCUUUUAUCCAGCUCCCGCAUACACUGCACCAGUCCAAGUGGUUUCAGCAGAUGGUGACGUUACUAAUACCACAAUCUUUGUUGGUAACUUGGAUCCUAAUGCCACAGAAGAGGACCUCAGGCAAACCUUUCUGCAGCUUGGGGAGAUUGCCUCUGUCAAGAUUCCUGCAGGCAGAGGAUGUGGUUUUGUACAGUUUGCAACUAGGACAUCAGCUGAAGAAGCAAUACAAAGGAUGCAAGGGCAUGUGAUUGGUCAACAACCAGUACGCAUCUCUUGGGGAAGGAAACAAGACUUAACUGCUACCUGGGGUCAGCAAGUAGAUCAAUGGAAUGCUUAUUAUGGUUAUGGACAAGGCUAUGAUGCAUAUGCUUAUGGGGGCACACAUGAUCCAUCAUUAUAUGCAUACAAUGCAUAUGCUGGUUAUCCACAGUACCCUCAACAGGUUGAAGGUGUUCCAGACAUGGCAGGUGUUGUCCCAGUUGCUGAACAUAGGGAAGAGUCUUAUGAUCCGUUGGCUGCUCCAGAUGUUGAUAGGUUAAAUGCUGCUUAUCUAUCUACACAUGGAAGUGCCAUCUUUGGCCGGACUUUGUGGAUGAAAACCUCAUCACUUACGCAACAAGCUCAGGCAUAAUUGAUCUACGUGGUUCGCAUCAUGGUACCUGCUGCAUUAUCCAAGGGGCUGCUUCAGGGUUAAGAAAUCUGCCAUUUGAUGGAAAAACUUCCAAAACAUGCUUAAGAUGUAUCCGUUAACAGUGAUAGUCAAGAAAGAAAACAGCUAGUACGUAUUUUAACAAGCUUUGCUUUGGUGUUUUUAGGUUUUGAGCUUUUUGGUUUUCAUUCGUUUUGUACAUGAAGUUGAGCCACAACGAAUAUUGCUCGUUGGCAAGCUGCUGUUCUCUUGCGGGAUAAGAUUUAUUGUCACUUUCUUGAUGGUUCGUC